UAUUUUAGCAACGAGCAAGAUGGCCGACCCCGACGACGGACCGUCAGCGGACGAGACAAUAUCCCAGCUGUUGAAACAAAGAGGAAUCAAGAAAAACAAGGAUGUGGAUCAACUUUACCUUGCUGAUAAGAGCCUCACACACGUCGAUGAUCUGUCACGUUUUGCCUACCUACGGAUACUGUGGCUGAAUGGAAAUAGAUUACGGAGACUACACUGCCUACAACAAAACUACAUGAUUGAGGAGCUCCAUUUACAGAACAAUGAGUUGAUCGAGGUUACCGGUGCCUUACGCCACCUUACCUGUCUCAAGGUUCUCAUGCUGCAGAACAACCAGCUCACCAAGCUUGAACGAGUUGUCCGCGAGUUCACAAGGAUGCAGACCCUCCACACACUCAAUAUAUUCAACAAUCCCAUUGCCCAGGAGGAGGACUAUCGCCUUUUUGUGAUCCAGUCUGUUCCCACUGUUAAUCUUCUUGACAGACAGGAGGUAGCUAAAUCAGAGCGUGAGUUAGCCAACAGGAUAUAUGACCAGGACAAGGAGAAAAUCCGGGACACUGUUGCCUUUGGGAGGAGAUCACAAGGGCCUCCAUCUAUAUACUAUCCAGCAGAAAAUAAUCAGCAGAACAUGUGUUCUACAGAGUCGAAGCUCAUAGGAAACAGUUUCAUGAGAGAUAACCCACCUUUUGAAACAGAAGAAGAUGCUAUUGCUGCUCGACGCAUGAAGAAAUCACUUAUUGUCUACACCACGUUUGACUGGGCCAAAGUUCCACGUAUUGAGGAGCGACGACAGUCAGACAAACUCUUCGAUUCCCCAGAGUUGAUUACUCACGUAUACAGAUGAUGGAUGGAAAUAAACAAAAAUAGACUGUGUGAUUUUAUUUUUUUCACAUUUUCAUUAAGUCCAUUGGAGAAGGAAAAUGUCAGUUGUACCUUGAUCCAUUCAACUAAAUAUACUCUAUAUGUUUAAUUUAUAUAUAUACAUGAAUUUUUUUUAAAGAAAAAAUCUCUUUGAUUCUUUUGAUCUUAUAUACUGUAUAUGUGAUUCAUUGAUUGAGACAAUAUUUCACAAAUGUGUUUCUAAAUACUUUUAAAUUGGUAGGAUUUGAGUUCAGAAAGGAAUAGUCGACCCGCAAUUAAAUAUGUUUGAAUUAAUGAAAUGUUGAAAUUUAAUUGACCCUUAUUAAAAUAACAGUAAAUAUGUUCCUUUGUAUUGAAAAAAAUAAGUAGUGCCUAACUAAAAAUUAACAUAGUAAUUAAAACAAUAGGCUCAAUGGGCCUGCAUUGCUCACCUGGUAUUAAUCUCACGCCUUAAAAGUGAUAUACCAGGUAACUGGAGCUUUUGUUAAUUCAGAAGAAGUUGUUUAAAGGUUUUCAACAUAUUUUACACCUGUGACCUUGAAAAUGGACAAAGGUCAUUCAU